AUGCCACCACAGGCUUAUAACCCGUCGCCCCAGACAAGCUCGUCGGACAGAGACCGCCAGUACAUCCCAGAUCCAAAACAUCGCCAGCACAGGGACAGCUCACAUAGAGAUGGCUCCUCCUCAAAGCCAAGUCGUACCACCAACAGGCUCUUGGGUGAUUAUACCCUCACAAAGACCCUUGGCGCUGGCAGUAUGGGAAAAGUCAAGCUAGCCAUCCACAACGGCACCCAAGAAAAACUCGCUGUCAAAAUUCUUCCCCGUGUUCAUCCUUCUACUUCACAGCCAAAUGGCUCUAAUGCGACACCCGAGGCCAUCGCUAAACAGGCCUCAAAAGAUGCCUCCAAAGAAAUUCGCACUAUUCGUGAGGCUGCUCUUUCUAUGCUUCUUCACCACCCCUACAUCUGUGGUAUGCGUGAAAUGAUCGUACACCAACAUCACUACUAUAUGGUAUUCGAAUACGUCAACGGCGGGCAAAUGCUCGACUACAUCAUCAGCCACGGUCGGCUACGUGAACGGGUCGCUCGCAAGUUCGCUCGUCAAAUAGGGAGUGCUCUCGACUAUUGUCAUCGAAAUAACGUUGUGCAUCGAGAUCUCAAAAUCGAGAAUAUCCUCAUUUCCGAAACUGGUAAUAUCAAAAUCAUUGACUUUGGCCUUUCGAAUCUCUUUGAUCCUGUUGCCCACUUGUCCACUUUCUGUGGUUCCCUCUAUUUUGCUGCACCAGAGUUGCUCAACGCAAAAGUGUAUACUGGCCCUGAAGUGGAUGUAUGGAGUUUCGGAGUUGUGCUCUAUGUCCUCGUCUGCGGAAAGGUUCCCUUCGAUGAUCAGAGCAUGCCGGCGCUACAUGCCAAGAUUAAGCGCGGACUAGUGGAGUACCCUGUUUGGCUAAGUGCAGAAUGCAAACAUCUUCUAUCACGCAUGCUGGUGACAAAUCCACCUGCACGUGCAUCACUAACAGAAGUUCUCGAACACCCGUGGAUGCUGCGUGGCUUCAGUGGGGUUCCGGAUUCUCACCUCGUGCACCGUGAACCACUGCGCCCAGAGGAGCUUGAUAGGCAAGUUAUCAGGGGUAUGAAAGGAUUUGAGUUUGGCUCUGAAGACGAUAUCGAACGAAGGUUGAUUAGCGUCUUGGAAUCUGAGGCAUACCAGCGUGCUGUGAUGGCCUGGGACCGUAAACGGAACGGCCGUAAUGGACACAGUCGUUGGGGAGAAUCCUUCUCCAACUCGUCCCUCGCCAUCGCUUUCGAUGGUUCCAACUCCAAUGUGCACAAGGUCGACUCAUUGUCACCCAAGAAGUCAAAACGGUUCUCUGGUUUUGAUUUCUACCGCCGCAAACUCUUCUCACCCGCAUCCUCUCCACCAACAACCCCGUCCCACUCACCUCCCACCUCCCAGUCUCAUUUAUCCAUAUCCGGGAUCAGCGACACCUUCCGCGAACCGCCGGACCCCACAAGGGGCUUCCAUCCCCUUAUAUCCAUGUACUAUCUAGCUCGCGAAAAACUCGAACGCGAACGCGUCUAUGGCCCUGGACAUUUCGCAAGCUCACAGCUGUCUCUCCAAUCGAAUGUCCCUGGUGGGCCUUCCGCAGACGAAGCCAAUGGUCCACCGCCUUAUCCAACGAAGGCUCUAUCCCAACCCAUACCGGCCAAGAAAGACCAAGUUCGAGAACUUCAGCAGCCCGUGUCGGCCAAGGCAGACUACGCUAUGCAGCUCCCGCGUCUACCGGUUCCAAAGACUUCUCAUUAUUCUGGGAUGUCGUACGAUGCCGCUUCUGCUGCUGCGCCAUCGCCUACCUCGCCCGCAUUCCAUGGGCUGCCUCGUGCGCGCGAUGCCGGACUUCCUGCCCCUGAUGCAAAGCGUACAGACCUUGCGCCUCCUGGCGGGUCCAUUUCGGCACAGACCACCCCGACCACACCAACGCCAACACCGAAUGCGGCAUUACCACGUGCGCCGCCUGCUUCGACCCAUCGUAGGAGUCACAGUCUAAGCCAGAGACCGACAGUGCUGCGUGGGUGGGGUGGAAUGUUGGGAGGUGCAGGUGCAGAUGCAGUAGACGAACGCGCUGAAGAGCCACCCCAUUCCGCUGGUCCGGGACUGGGUGAGUUUGCGGAGAAGGAGAAUCAUGGCGAAGAGGAAGGGGGACGGGCUACUCAUGGGCAUGAUGGAGGUCCGUUGUCUGCUGGUGCAACCCUUGUGAGGAAGUUCGGGACACUUCUUGGGGCUGGUGCGAAAGGAGACGAGAGCAGGAGAGGGCAUGGCAGUCUGAAUAAAAGGGCUAGCAUUAUGGGUGUUAUCACUUCUCGCCCGUCAGCGGACAUGCUGAACGAGAAGGGCGCUACUGGCACUGAAGGCGAGGCUGCUGGCGAGAAGAAGAUUGAAGGGAACGAAGCUCCUGGCGCAGAUAGUCAGGGAGUAGAUGCAACACCUACAACUCUGUCCCCGAGUCAGAGUCAUCCAAUGCCGGCCGGCCACCGACGGGCUGCUACCAUCCUUGAUCCACAAGGGCGUACUACUAGGCACGAGCGUCGAAGCAGCACCGGAGGAGCACUUCUUCCAACCAUUGGGGGAACCAUUGGGCGGCAUCGUCGACCAUCAACCGGGUAUGGGAUGGGAGGUGCACGCCCGACGAGCAAUAUGUUCGGGCGUACUGACGAGGUAGAGGAAGGGCAUGAACGGGACACGUCUCAUGAUGAAAGCACUGACAGAGAUGAGAGCUUCAAGGACGAGAGUGCUGCUCACCAAAACGACAAAGAUUUCAAACCUUUGUUCCUGAAAGGCUUGUUCAGCGUGGCGACGACGUCGACGAAACCACCUUCCGUGUUGAAGGCAGAUAUCAAGCGGGUCCUCGAUCGUAUGCAAGUUCAAUAUCGGGAAACCAAGGGCGGCUUUGAGUGCAUCCAUAUACCUUCCAUUGAUGUUUCUUCCGUGUCUGAGGCCGCCUCGCAUGGUCGGCAUAGCCAGCACCGCAGGCAAGGCUCGGGUGGAUCGAAUGAGACGGGUAAGACUCGACGUUCGAUCGUGAAGAAAGCGUCCAAGCUGUCAUUUGGGAUGAAAUCGAGGGAGAAAGAGAGCCACAAGGAGAAAGAAAAGGAGCACGAGCAAUCGUUAUCCGAAAAGGACAAAGACCUUCCUCAUCGGCCAUCGGGGGGUACAGCGCUUAGCAUGACGCCAAGUAGUGGCUCGUCUUCCUUCUUCAAUGUGUCCUCGAAUGCACAUACCGUUCUUGGGGAGGGGGCUCGGCAACUAGAGACGAAUGGAGCUAGACCAGGAUCGAUUUUGGACGAUCCUUUACCGCGUUCCGGCUCACCUGCGAAAAGCAAGAUAUUGCCCCCCAUACCCCGCGAUUUUGCUGCAACACCCCAACCACAGACGUCUAAGACGCCAUUCCCCACCGGUGAGGUAGACCGUGAAGUCUUUGAGAGUAUGGGUGCGAAUACGUUGUCUGUUCGUUUCGAAAUCAACAUAAUCAAGGUUCCUUGGUUACCACUACACGGAAUACAGUUUCGAAGAGCCGGUGGUGACGGUUGGCAAUACCAGAUGCUGGCACGACGGGUAUUGACUGAAUUGAAGCUAUAACAAAUCAUGCCGCCAUAUUUUUCAUUAUUCUCUGGGUUUACACACUAUCCUUCGCAUCGUCAUUGAGAUAUGCUCAAGUUAUCAUAUUUUACUUGUUCUUGUCGAUUUUCUUUCAGUUCCUCUUCUUUCGGUCCCGCAGCUUUUCGGAGUCUUCGUUGCCUCUUUAUUCUUCCCCUCCUAUGGCUAGACACGUCACACACGUUGUGCUUACCUCGUCAUGAGUUCGUCGAAACGAUCCUACUUAUUAACCCAUUCAUUUUGAAUCCCUUUCUACGACAUGUAUGAUGCUUAUAGGUGAGGAUGUUAAUAAUACACAUCGUGCAAUUUUGGAUUAGGACUUGCGUAGUAUAGCACGAAAUCAUCAAGUUCACUGAUGC